AUGGUAACGGACGUAAGUCUCACGAUGCUGGUUGUUGGUGGUUUCUUCAUGUUCAGCUUCUCUACAACUAACACAGCCAUGGUCAGCAGCAAGCCUGGAGUUCCUUGGUGGCGUGUACUAAACGCUUGUUUUGGGCGCUUGUUUGUAUCCGUUUCAUCCACCCAGCUAUUGUACUUCUUUCCAUAGCCAUGCCAGCGGACGAGGUACUGAACGCGACCGUGAACGUCUGUGAGCGUCUGUACGCUUAUUGAGCACUUUCGAUACUUCGUAAAACUUACUCAUGUUUCUUAGCUCUUCUCUCAAUCAGGGAUUGUCGAAAGUGAUUAUGAAAUGUGUUUACGAGGCUUUUAUAUGCAAGUAUCAUUGAUAAUAUUUAUGAGCUUUUCAACUGCAGAGCAAUACCCUAAGUUAGUGAAUGGCCCUCCUCCUCAGUGGCGUCGCGUGGGCAAGGAUCUACAUAUGUUAUCGUCAUACGUGUUUAAGGUGUCACAAACUGUGAGAUAUUUGGAAUUGACCCCAACGGUCUGUCCAGAGAGCCACAACAUCUUUUAAUGAACUGUACAGUAUCAUUUUAGCAGUCCUGAAAAUGCUGAUUCAUUCUUGCCUCUUAAGUUAUGAGUUCCAAUUAAUUUCUGUGCUGAAAUUGAAACUCGGCAGAAUUGUCAACUGAAAUGUCAAGACAAUUUUUAUUUAACUGCAUAUACAUCCUGAUGAUUAACUAACUUGGGAUGAUUUUAGAAAAAUCACCAAAAAGAGCUGAUAAAGAGGUAUUUAUAACAACUAGUUCAGUAGUGCUCAUAACUUCUAGGAUUGUUUCUAUAUUCGUUUCUUCAACCGCAGUGCACGUGUAUGAUGUUAGUAUAUCUACAGGUGUUUAUAAAUAAAAUAUGUCCCCUCAAUGGCCAAUGAAGCACAUUACUGUAUACAUGUCAUUUGAUUAUGUUACCUUACAUUCCUCAGCGUACUGCAUACUUCCAGAGCAGCCUCUACUGCCUCUUUUACUCUUCCCUCUACCAUGCUUGUUUCUAAAAAAACAAUCGACAAUACGACAGUCUGACAAUAAUACAAUAUACUGUUUCAUAAUACUACAAUUUGACCUCAAAAUAGAGAGAACAAAUGCACUUUUCCUUGGAGUUAUGUAAACACAUAUACACAAUUUUACUCUGCAAGCUUACAGCUUGAUGCUGUAGGCAUCAAUUUCAGCUUAAUGUAGCAACUUAUUUUUGCUAACUCAACUCUGGGGAGUUAAGGUAGCAAAUUAGAGCUUUAGAACUUCUUUUAAUUUGAAACUGAGUACCAUGUUUCAAUUUUCAGCCUAUUUGUGAAUUGUAAAGCAGAAAAAUGCUAACAGAUAUAAUUUAUAUCAACCAACCAACCAAAUGAAAGAGUGCUGUAAAGCCUUUCAUAAACUCCUGAAUUCAAGCAAAAAACAAUGUUAAAUAACUUCAUGCCAUCAAAGAUUUCGACACAAUGUGGAACAUGGCUGCCUGGUGCUAAGAUCAGUAGGCUCAAGGCAUUACCCAGACCAUAUUUUGUUGUAACUGUGAGACAAGGCAAACUUAGAAUAACUAAUAUGAAAAUGAGAAAAAUAUUCUAUUCUUUUCUUGAUUGAAGUAGUGAAUAUGUAAACCUGGUGUCUUGCAACCCCCAGAUUAUGCACUUAAUUAUAAUCUGCAUGAAGGUUACACAUGUAUAUCAAUUUGGCCCAAUACAACUGACUCUUGUAGACUAUUAGGUGCAAUGUACAACCUUAAGAGACUUCACAAGUCACCACUUUAAAUGUACUUCAAUUUCCCCCCCGCUCCUCCUUUUUCAGUGAUAAAUAUUUAUUGAUGUCAGAGGGUCUUUUUGUUUAAUCUUCAAAAAGCAAACAGAAAUGAGUGAGUGGGGAUUAUGAGCCACUAUCAACUUAAAAAAGAAUGCUAAUAAUCGACCACCCUUUCCUGAGGGUAUUUUACCACAGGAUCAUGGGCGGGAUCAGAUAGACAGUGAAUAGAUACCACUGGUGUUAUCACACGUUAAUGGGGCCUUCUUAACAGCAAGUGCAUUUAUGAGGGAUUUCUUCAAUAUAUUUGGCAUUUAAUCUCAACAAUUUGGAACAUAAUUUACUGCUUCAAACCACAAAUUAUUGAGACAUGCAUACAUAAGACCUUUCUGCAGAAUUGAUAAUUAUUUAUGUUUUGAGAGUAUAUGUCAAUCUUGGGUUUGAAACUUUAAUUUAGUUUUAAUUUUGAUUUUGUCUUAUGUCUUUGGACAAACAGAACUAACAAGUUAUAAUAACAGAAAAACAUGUACCCACCUCAAAUUUUUACCUAUGUCGGAUGCCUUCUGUGAAUGUGUUGACAAAACAGUCAAUACACAAACAACUAAAUCUUGUUUUGAUUGAUACAUCAACUACAACAGAAAUCAGACAACAAAAAUGAUUAAGCUGAACAUGCAGUCAUUCAACAAUCUUCUGUAACCUUUGAUUCAAGGAAUACUGGAAAUUUGGUUAAAUUUCUCAUCCCCUUGAGCAUUUCCAGAAAAUACGAGGGAGAAGGUCUUCUUAAUUGGGUGUGUCUAUUUCAUCAGGAGGAGUUUAGGUGUGAAAUUCAAGAGCAAUGUUUGGAUAAGUGAAUGGCAACAUGCAGAUAAUGGAAAGCCUUACAUCAGUCCAUUCUGUUCACAACCAUGUGGCAAUGUAGAAAAAAGGCUCUGAUGUAUUAAAAUAGUUUAACAUAAUUAAUUUAUGCUUGAUCUCAACUUCAGAAUAUUACUCAAAUACUGUGGGAAUUUUGUCUGUUAAAUGAGUGUGGCCAGGGAAAGAUGGCUAUGUAAAUUGUGAUGGCAUUUCAAAACGUUUUGAAAGUUAGCAACAGCAACAGGAAAAACGUACAAUUUUGCUAUAUACUAUUACCAGUAAUAAGAUACUGAAAGUUAUUUACCGUAAUAUAUUGAAAGUAGUGUAAUAUGUCGUAAAAUAAUGUAAAUGUAGAGUAUUGUGUAGGUAGUGUAAGUAAUCAAGAGUAAGUCAUCUACUGUAGUCAAGGUUAUUGUAAGCUAUACUUUGUCAGUAGUGUGUUCCCAGUAAAUUAUUGUACGUGACGUAUCGUUACUGAGCCCUGUACUGUAUUGUAAGUAGAGUAAUGUUUUGUAAAAUGUUAAAAAAUGUUGCCAAAAAAAAUAAUAAAAAUAAAGAAAUUACAAAAAAAAAACCAUUCACUAACCUCGUCAAAAGUGUGUGUCAAAAAAGAUGGCACUGUGUCAGUGGCUGCCAUUUUCAACAUCAACAUUGCCAGUGAUACCACCUCCUCAGUGCGACCUUCAUAUUUUCCAGUAACUAGGAAGUUUAAGAGAAUACUUGGACCUUAAAGUUACUUGUAAUUUGUUAUGAGCAUUCACUUUCUUGAUAAUCAGAUCUUCACAAAUGGAAAUAAGCUGUCACCUCAAAACCUUGUAGGUUUCAAUAUGGUUUUUCUACAUGUUGGCAAGGUACAAUCAGCACAUAGAAAAAGAAAUGAUGUGGAUUCUAAAAUGUUUCACUGCAGUUAUGUAACAAAAACAAUUUCAUAAAAUGUUCUACAGGUGAUUGUGUAAAAAUUAUGAUAAAACUGUAAAGCUUUCUGCAAGAGAGAGGAGGGGUGGGACACGAUGUAUGUUCCUUCAUCAUUUCUUUAGUCAGUUGGAUCAUUGGAAAGCUUUCUGUCUCUCUCUCUCCCUCCCUCAUUCAUAGAAACCAAAUAAUAACUACAAAAUGCACAUGGCCUGGAAAGGGCAGAAUGAACACAGUGUAAUUAAAGAGCUCAGCUUACAUUAUUAAUUGUGUUGUAACUUACUCUUUCUCUCCAUUCCGGAAAAGGAUGGAUUUUCGGACAAAGUACCCACAUCUAAAAACACACUCACAAAUGUUCAGAUCAAUUGGCUGCAUGAUAGAAAUUACCCAUAGAAUAAAUCAACAACCCUUUCUGCAAUGUUGACAAGUUAUAUGCUUAUUUUAUUAUUUAGGGAUUUAUAAUUAAUCAUGAAAAGUUAUUGAUAUUCCAACCUGCUGGAGGUUCGUCAUCGAGGCAAAAUACUCCUGAUCUGUCCUCUGAAAUUAAUAGUUAACAACCAAAAUAUUAUUGGCAGUGUAGUUUGUAAUGAAACAUAAUGAAAAGUAUUCAUACACUAAUAAUGUAUAGCAAAAGUCAUGACUUACAAAUUGAAAUCAAAGUUUGUCUGUUGCAAUCUUUCUUCUCAAAAAAUAGUGUGCAAUAAUAAGGAACUUAAAGAUUAAGCUUCAAAGUUUUUCAUUUGAAACACAUGAAUGACAGAAGAUCUUACACGAUUAAAUUUGCUGGUCAGUGGUUAAUCAAUGUUCUUGACUUUUGAAUUGGACAUUUAUAUUGGAUAUUUUUGUGCCUCACCUUGCCUAACACCACUUGGCCCUGAUGAAUUCUCAUACUCAUCAUCAGUUGUAACUAUAAUUUGAUCUGGAAUAUAUGUAAUUGUAUGUAAAGAAUUGAGAGAUACUGGAGCUUCCACUUUUGGCACCUGCCCCUGCAUGGAGACCACUCCAUUGCUGGAAAACCCUGGAAAUCGGGCCGUAAGACCCCACACAGAGGGGAGACAGGGAACUGCCACAAUGAACUGUCUAACAGAGGAAAAAGGGAGGGAGGGAGCUCCUAUCCAAAACAACACUCACUGUAAACAGUCGAUGUGAAGGCUGUCAAUAAGUCUCAGUACAGGAGCACAAAGAUCCUGGUGCAUGCACAUAUCAAAAAAACUACUAACUAUAACAUGAGCAAACACACGCGCUUGUUGUUGUUAACUCUGUUAAAUUGCAUGUGACUGCAUUUAUUGUCCAUUUAGAACAAAAAGCAGGAGUGUUAAACCUAUUGUAUUACUCUUUUGAAAGUACAAUUUUGGUUGAAUAACUCAUCACCUAAUUGAGAUUGAAUGAUAAAUGUACAGGGUGGGAGUCUUACCUUUGCUAAGGCCGUUAAGAAUCUCCGGGUUAAUUCUUAAAAAUAAACAAGUAAGUCAAAUCCAUUCUUAUUCUGGCCCCCCUUACAUUGCGCAUAGAUAUUCUGCAUUAAAUCAUAAAUUGGAAAUAAUUAAAAGCAGCCUUCAAUGGUAUGAAAUCAGUUGUAUGAAAUUUUUAAUCUUUCCGAAUUAAAAUAAAAUUCCUUGAUUUUACCCUGAUAUUAACUUUUUUUUUUCCCUGACCAUUCCCUGAUCUGUUUCAACCCUCUAUUAAUAUGUACAUGAAACGAUGACGAUUUGUAACAGUAUGGCUGCAAAAAGUAAAUGACCCUUUUAACUUACUUCCAUCCUUGGGAGGUGGCGUCAUAGUCAAAUCAACCGUAGAUGACUUACACAUAGUAGUAUUUGUGGCAGUUGCUGUAAUAAUCAACAAAAAUAUCAAAGUUAUGCAUACACUUCUCAAUGUACUGAUUUGUGAUUAUCAUCUUGUGGUACUGAUAUGCCUUUAUGGGCAAGCUAAGUUGCAUAUAAAAAGGAACCCUGCAUACUGUUCACAAAUUUUUGUUUAUAAAAUUUAGUGUCAUUUAUUAUUGCAGAAUAAUUCAAAACUCUUCGUCCACAGAAACUUAUGUCUUUGCAUUUAACUCAAGGCAUUUGCAACAUGAAAGCAUGCCUCUCUUUCUAUUAACAUCUUGUUUUACAACACUUUUGCUCAGGCAUGUGCAGAAAUAGAGACUGACAUGGAGUAGCGGAUUGAAAAUUUACAAGAAACAUGCUGGACAUAUUAAGAACUGUUAAAACUGGUUUUUGUUUUAUGACAUAAAAUUAGGACUCGCCCCAACAGAGCACUGAUCCUGCUUCCAUAAUCUAAUAACACUCUACAUACUUACAUGGUAAAGGAUCAAGCACGAAAAAGAUCUUUGCAGAAGAAUGAGAGGUUGAAAAUUCAUUCACCAACUCAUCCCCUGACAUUAGCCCACUGUAUGUCAGCCAUUGCAAAUGAACAACAGACAGUCAAAUCAAUUUUUAAAAAAUUCUUAUUUACAACAAAUGGAAAAUAUCUGGGUGUGUGAAUUUCAAAUAUGGACUAUAAAUUGCUGAAAACAAUUCAAUAUAGUGAAAAAGUCAUGGCUUUUAAUUUGCCCAUAAACAGUUUAACGCUCUUUCCGAGACAUAGAUGUUGAUGGGUCUAUAUCAUCACUCUUUACAAUCAAUGCUACAAUAUGUUAUCAAAAAGACUCUCUCACCUUAGAUGAACAAGUUGCUAUCAUUUUUUUUGACACAAUAGCUUAUUAUAACAACAGUACGACCUACUAAAAACACCCUUAGUUUUGGCUUUAAGUAGUCACCUUAACAUCUUGUGUAGGUUGGAUCCAGAGUAAACUCGAAACCACAGAAUCCAUAGAUGUUCAAUCAAUACAAUGAAUCAGCCGCUUGUGCAUAAACGCGCACACACAAAUAAAUUUAACUAUAUCAAAAAGUGUAACUUUCGAAAGUAACAAUCCCCCUAAAGAAGCCAUAGUAGGAAGAAGCAAAUGUAACUGUGGAAAAGAGCACGCAUUAAUACGUAGGAUCUAGUGACGAAAUAGAACUGUUCAAACCUUAAUAAAAGGCCACCCUCGGGAAAAUGUAUAAUGGCCGCUUAAAGGAAAAAAAAACCUCACCGUCAUUUUGAUUACUGGCCGCCUAAUAGGGGUGGCCGUUUAAUAGGUGGCCGCCUGAUAGAGGUUGGACUGUAUAACAACGAAAGGGAUUUCCACAGAAUGCGUCCCCCCCCACUCUCCGUUGGUAACAAUUUGAUAUAUUGAAAACGUCAUGGCUUUUAAUUUGCCUCUAAACAGUUUCACGCUCUUUCAAGACACAGAUUUUGAUGGGUCUAUGUCACCACUCUUUAUAAUCAAUGCUACAAUAUGGUAUCAAAGAGACUGUAGUAUUAGCUGUGAUUUGGUUGUCAUUUCGCUAUCUUGCUUUCAGCAAAUCCAUAAUGCUUAGACCAGUAACUUUGCCGUGUGGGCAUUCCGCAUGUAGGAAUUGCUACAGGAGGCUUCUUGAAAUAGAGGAACAGAAAAGCAAAACUACGGCACUUUGCCCUGAAUGCCGAAAGCACUUUGGCAGAGUCAAUGAUAGUUAG